ACCGUGGGUUCCCGGUUAGUGCGCGUUUAUACACUCAACCGUGUUCCUCGAGUGACUGGUCGCGCGAGACUCAGCCGAUCGCCAGUCCUUCCGAUCAAACCAUCGAGACCGGAUCGAUUUCUUCUUCCAGUUCAAGGAUCCUCUUUCGUUUGUUCCGAAUAUUUCAUACACUUGACAACUUUUAUCUGGUUCUCUUCUUCGUAAGUUUUCACCUUACUCGAAUUUUACAAACUCUUGAGAACUUUGGUACAAAUGCCUUUAGACGAUUCUUGACUAAUUUUUAAACAACUUUGGGGAAUUCAGAGAAGGUUGGACCAGUGUGGUGGCGAUUAUGUGAAUUAAAGACUGACUAUUGUUCAACACUGACUUUCGCGUUAAUUGUUACUACAUUGCGAUUUUGGUUCCGUUGAUUUCUCUAUUGUAAUUAAUUGAUACAAAAUGAAAUACACGCGAAAACUAAAGGCAGAGAGACAAUUGUAAAAUUCCUUGAAUUUCAAGAAAAAAAUCAGAAGACUUUGGAAAAAUUCGAAAGAAAUAGUUGAAGUGUAGAGAGAAUUUAAUGUGAGGAUUUUGGUGUCAAGGAUCAAUCGAUAUUUUUAAGUUACAUAUUUAAAUAUCGAUUAUGAUUGACUUUGAUUUAUUUGUGAUUUGAUAAUUAAUUUGACAUUGAAAACUCAGAAUUUUCUGAAGUUUCUAGAAGAUUUUAGAAAAAUUAAAUAGGGAGAGCUAAAAUAGAGUGUGGUGUGUAAAUUUAGUGCGAUCGAGAAUUAAUCAGUGUUUUUAAAUCUUUGAGAAUUAGUCGAUUUACUUUUUAACCAAUUUGAAAUAGAACACUCAAUCUAGAAAAUAGGAAAGUACGAUUUGUUGUUCUUGGACUAUUGAUUGGUGAUUUUGAAACUUGUUCGUUCUCCCGUUAUAAAUUGAAAGAAAAUUAAUGGCAAUUAAGAAAACUGUUUGACGAACUGAUUGAUAUUAAAGUGAUGGUGAAUAGGGAUGAACUCCGGUACACAAAGGGUGGCUGUAUAGAAGAAAGAUCAGAAUGUUGUUUAAGGGGAACAGUUCGAGGUUGGAGCUAUUGAUAGGGAGAAUCCAGGCCCACAAACCUUCUCAGGAAGAACAACAUAAAUCCAAAGAAGCUUUGGGGACCGGAAGUUCAUCGUGGCAGAGCGAAGAUGGUGGUCCAAACUCACGACGCGGUGGUGAGACGCCCUCUUCUUGCGCAACGCCGACGUCAGCCAGCUUCCCGUCGGAGCCUGAAGUGGAUGCUGACGUCGGCGUUAAUGCCGACGGAACCAACGCUACCGCACCUUAUCCUUGUCAAUUCUGCGACCGAACGUUUCCGCGACUUAGCUACCUGAAAAAACACGAACAGAAUCACGGAGAUCAAAUGCCAUAUAGAUGCAGUUGGUGUGCCAGAUUAUUCAAACACAAACGCAGUAGAGAUCGACACGUGAAGCUUCAUACAGGAGACCGAAGAUAUCGAUGCACGCACUGCGAAGCUGCUUUCUCCAGAAGUGACCACUUGAAGAUUCAUAUGAAGACCCAUGACACUCAAAAGCCGUAUCAGUGCACAACCUGUUCUAGAGGCUACAACACAGCAGCUGCCCUAACAUCCCACAUGCAAUCUCACAAGAAACAUCAUCAAUCUCAAACAUCCAAACUUCAGGACGUCGACUAUGGUAGAAGAAGUGUAUCCUCUCAUAGUACAUCAUCGCCGCCAAUACCAAGCUCUCCAUCGCCAUCUCUAAAUAUAGUCUUGAAUUCAAAAACUUGUAUGAAAAGUACUCAAGGAAGUGCUUCGACAACUCCGAUUCUGAGCUCUCCACUGAAGUUAGCUUGCAUGUAUUGUACCAGAGAUACCUUCAGUUGUAUGCAACAACUCCAGAUGCACGUGCACACGAUGCACCAAGCUAUCUUAAGUGGAGAAACUGUUGCAGUAUCUCCAUCAACUAACAGAAUCAAUGAACAAAUAAGUUAUCAGAAUGAAAAGACUUUCGACAGAAAGCCAGAAGGAUCAUCUAAAGAACACAAAAGGAAAUAUCAAGAUGAUUCAGAAAAAUCUAUAGAAAAAGAUCACUAUGAAAACGCAUUUACAUGUAGUCAGUGUACUAUGAAGUUCUCUACGUUAGGCUCAUUGAGGGAUCAUUUGGUUUCGAUUCAUAGAACCGAUGGUUUUGGCUCUGCUUUGAUGAUGUGUCCUCUUUGUGGCAUUCCUUGUACUUCUGCAGCGACUUAUGCAGAACACUAUGUUCUCCAACAUUGUGAAAAUCGAAGAACAGGUCUCCUAGAAAUUAGAGACUAUACAGAUUCUAAGAUGAAUGGAAAUUAUGACACUAAAAGUAACAGGAGUCAGAAAUGUAGGGAGCAAACGUCUUCUGAGCCAGCUGAUUUGACCAACAAGCAUUCUACCAGUACAGAAAGUAAUUAUACAGCUGGUACAUUGUUAUGUGGACAGUGUGGAGCUGCUUUAAAGGACUUCGAAUCAUUCAGGGAACACUUAGCUAGACAUCUUCAAGCUGAUCAUAGAAAUGAUGUUAGACACCCUUGUUUAAAGUGUGAAGCCACUUUUCAAGAUAGGGAAGACAUGUUGGUACAUUUAACGAAACAUUAUUUGGGCCAGAUUAGUAAAGAAUAUGCUUGUGGUGCAUGUAAGAAACUUUAUCCUCAUCCUGAUCUUCUUCAGAGGCAUUUACUCGACAGUCAUGCUCAUCAUCUCUAUCGAUGCGCCUUGUGCAGAGAUACAUUUGAUUCUAGAGUAGCGAUACAGGUUCAUUUUGCUGUGAAACACAGUCAAGAAUGCAGAAUCUAUAGAUGCAAUGCUUGCACAGUGUCUAAUAAUGAAAAUUCACCGGGAAAUGCGCCAGAAGAAGGAAAAAGCUUCUUCCGAAGUGAGUCUGAAAUGGCAAACCAUGUAAGAAAUGUCCACGCACCUCCAACGAUGUCAAAUAAUAGUCCUGUGGCCAGGAGUCCUGCUUCCACUCCAGGAAUAACUGGGAAUUCCGGACCAAGAUGCGUCUUCUGUGGAAUCUGUUGUAGUUCCGAGCUGGAACUACAACUCCAUUUAGCCAGCCAUUCUGCUAACUUAUAUAGAUGUCCUGUUUGUAGAGAAGGAUUUGCCGUGGAAUUUUUAUUAGAUAGACAUAUUACUCAAGCACAUCACUCUAGUGAUCAUCAGGAUGUCAUGAGAAGUAAUUCUAGAGAGAAUGGAAGAAUUGGUAGACUACCAAGAUUACAGGAAGAGGCUAAAUCCCAAAAAAGAGGUCGCUCUCCAGCUUCCAGCAACAACAAUUCUCUGAAUCAACGUGACAACAACAAUAAACGUCCAAAUUACACCAAUGCAUCCUCUCAACAAUGCGAUCUCUGCGAAAGAGGAGAGUUUUCCAACGAAGCAGAACUUCAAGCUCACAAAAAAUUGGUUCACACUCCGACCAAGUUUCAAAAUAAGUCUAUAUCAAGUCUUAGCAUGACUUGUGCAUACUGUGGAGAAGUAUGUCGUUCUAGAACUGACCUAGAAUCUCAUACAAGGAUCCAACAUGCAUCAAGUGAACCUGGAGGACGCCACAAGUGUAAUAUUUGUGACGAAGUGUGUCCAUCAGGAGCAACACUUGCAGAACAUAAACUUCAGAAACAUUGUAAGAUUCAAUUAAGUGACACAUGUAUCGUUUGUCGAGGAAACCUAUCUUCAGAAUCACAGUUUCUAGAACAUGUGCAAAGACACAGUCUGGAGAAUGUGGAUCCUCAGCAGAGAUUAGAUGGUUCUCUUCCUCAUCUUCCUGCAGCUUGUGUAGUUUGUAGACAGACAUUGAUCAGUGAUUUGGAAUGUCGUCUCCAUGCCAGACACCACUUAAGAACUUCUGGUUCUCACAGCGUGGCAUCCAGCCCCAGUCCCAAUCAAAAGAAUCAGAGUCCAAGUUGUUGUCUUUGUUUAAGAGAUUAUUCAGCUGAUGACUUUGUUAAUUUACCUCCAAGUAAUAUAAGUGGAGGAGGACAGUCUUUAAGAGUUUGCAAAUCUUGUUACAUUCGACACUCUCAGGGUCUACCUAUUUUGAAUUCACCUUACGAGCCUAUUAAAUGUGAUGCUUCUUGGACAUCCAGUAAUAAAGAUGGGCAAUGGGAUAAAUCAAAGGAUAAAUGGGAAACCGAGAAUAAAGAAGAUAAAAAUGAGGGGAAUGAUAGAAAGAAGUGUCAAGAUUGUGGGGUGAAAUUUGAGGAUUCUGACAAGGUGGAGAAACAUAGGAUAGUCGAACAUGAAAAAGUUAUAAGUGGAGUUAUGUUAAACACAUACACAUGUAUACAGUGUCAGAUGUCGUUCCCAACAGAGGCAAAGAUUCAGCAACAUGUAAGAAAAGAACAUCUAGAAACAUCGGGAAGGACUUCCAUAGAAACAUUACGAUGUCAUCUGUGUCUUUUUGAAGCUAGCAGUCCAUUAGAAUUGCAGAGUCAUUUGAUAGAGCAUACUUUCGCAGGAUGUGCCGCUCUCAGCUGUUACAUUUGUCAAUCUCUCUUCACCGCACCUACUGGUCUUCAGAAUCAUAUGCUUCAAGAACACGGUCUGGGUGCUCGUCCCUACGAUUGUUCCCAAUGUACACUCAAGUUCUUCUUCAGAGCAGAACUAGAUCAUCAUAUGUUAACAUUUCAUCGACCGGGAGACGUGCCACCACCCAGUAAAAAUACACAGAAUACCAUCGAAAUAAAAAAAAAAGAUACCGAAGAAAGAAAUUGCAAUGAAGGAGUGACUGUAAAAGAGGAAAUGGUUCCAGGAACAACUGAAGAAGAAGAAGAAAUCAACGUGGAUGAACAAAUAGAAGAGGAUGGUCAAAAAGCAGAUCAACAAUCAGAAAUCGAGACAAAAUUAAAAACUGAGCUCGAGGAAGAAUUUAUUCCUGAAAAAAUGGAAUCGUGAUCGUUUCUUAUUGAUCAA